CUGUGUAACAUAUGGCUGCUACUUCGGCCCGUGGCUGACGUUGACAGAAGAGGUAUUUUCGUUACCGUCUUAACAACCAAUACGACUUCGAUUUUAGGCUCUCUCUCUCUCUCAAUUCAGCCCCACUGGCAUGUAUAGGUUCUCCCUGACCCUUUAUUGUAUCCAAUUAGUCCAUCCUUUUAACAACGAAUGCAGGCUUGGCAAAUUCUAUUUCGCUGAGCAAACAAGCAACAACAGCGAGAAUAAUUUUCACCAUCUAUGCUUAUUUGUGAGUCCCGGAUCGGUGUUUCAGAGAGGAAACUCGUUUCAAUGAAGCUUAUUCAAGUGUCAUAAAUUUCCCUAUUAUUAUUCCGCACACCGCAGGAGGACACAUCGAAAGUCAACGCAUAGAUCUACCUCCAGUGCCCUUUGUGUCCUUAAUGCUACGGUGAGGGGUCAACUAGGCUGACUGGUGUUUUAAUUGAGAAUGGUUUCAACCGAUAAUGACAAUCAGAAAGAAGAAAUUGAGGAAUCUAGCGGUGCUAAAUUUGAGGGUGAAAUUCCUCUUCACGUAUCAGGGUCUCAGAGGACACUACUAACUGAUGAGAACCCUAAAAGAAGGUUUUCUGAUACAUUUACUGCUCCUCUUAGUAGGAUCAGGCUCCUAAAAUUUGGUUCUGCAUCUGCCACAUUUAAGCAGAUAGCUAAUGAGAGAGAUGAGAUUUCACGGUCUGUGGCUUCUUCAAGUGGUCACCGUUUUCGAGAACGCAUCAGUGGGGUGUUUGAUCGGAAAAUUGAUUGGUAUUUACUCUUGAAAAUGAGCAAAGAAUGGAUUAGAAACCCAAUGAACAUGGCAUUGUUUGUGUGGAUCACCUGUGUUGCUGUUUCAGGUGCGAUUCUAUUCCUCGUUAUGACUGGAAUGUUAAACAGCGUGCUACCCAACAAGUCUCAGAGGGACUCUUGGUUUGAAGUAAACAAUCAAAUUCUUAAUGCUCUAUUUACUCUUAUGUGUUUGUACCAGCAUCCAAAACGGUUCUACCACCUUGUACUUCUGUGCAGAUGGAAACCAGAAGACAUUUCUAAACUAAGAAAGGCUUACUGCAAGAAUGGGACCUACAAGCCCCAUGAAUGGGCACACAUGUUGGUGGUUAUUGUUCUGCUCCAUGUAAAUUGUUUUGCUCAAUACGCACUUUGUGGCCUAAACUUAGGGUAUAAGAGAUCUCAACGACCGGCCAUAGGAGUUGGAGUAUGCAUAUCUCUUGCAAUUGGUGCACCUGCAAUUGCGGGCUUGUACACUAUCAUGAGUCCCCUUGGAAGGGAUUAUGAUUCUGAGGAUGAGGAAGCACAGGUUCAGAUUACCACUGGUGAUAGGAGAGAUCAGAUGAGAGUGAAAUCUUUAGAGAAGAGAUAUUCUUUUGCAGCAAGAGAUGAGCAGCGGAUUGUUGAGAACAGACCACAAUGGAGUGGGGGGAUUCUUGAUUUUUGGGAUGAUAUCUCUCUAGCGUUUCUAUCUCUUUUCUGUAGCUUUUGUGUAUUUGGGUGGAAUAUGGAGAGACUUGGAUUUGGCAAUAUGUACGUUCAUAUUAUGACUUUUAUCUUGUUUUGUAUGGCUCCUUUCUGGAUAUUCACCUUGGCUUCUGUAAAUAUUGACAAUGAAGCUGUUAGGGAAGCUCUAGUUUUUACUGGGCUGGUUCUUUGUAUAUUUGGUUUGCUCUAUGGUGGCUUUUGGAGGAUCCAGAUGAGAAAGAGAUUCAAUUUACCUGCUUAUAACUUCUGUUGUGGUGAACCAGUGGCUUCUGAUUGCGCACUAUGGCUAUUCUGUUGUUGGUGUUCUCUUGCUCAGGAAGUGCGGACUGGGAAUUCCUAUGAUAUAGUUGAAGAUAAGUUCUACAUGAAACAAAUGGACAAUGGUAACCAGCUGCCUAUUUCUCCUUUGCCUCGUGAAGAUGGAGUGGUUCAAUCCAGAUCCAGCCCAAGUUCUCCGCUGGGAGAUUACUCUAGACCAUCCAAGAUGCUUACAAGUAGUUCUCCAAGUCCCAGCAAAGUUUCAAAGGGCUACAGCCCAGACAGUCGACUUUCUACAUUAAAAGAAGAGAUAUAUGCAGGAGGCAGGGACAAAACUAUGACAGACGGAGUGGUUCAAUCCAGAUCCAGCCUAAGUUCUCCACUGGGAAAUUUCUCUGUCCCAUCCAAGAUUCUUACAACUAGUUUUCCAAGUCCCAGCAAAGUUUCAAAUGGCCAUAGCCCAGACAGGCCAUAUUCUAUAGUGAAUGAAGAGUUUUAUGCAGAAGGUAGGGACAAAACUAUGACCCCACCAUCUAUAUCGUUGAUACAAAGGGAACCGCUUAGUCCAAAAAGAUAAACAAAGUUUGAAAUUUUAUGGUAGUUUGAUCUGUAUGUAAGAUUACAUGGAAACUUCCAUCCAGUGCUUAGAUUUGUUGUGAAAUCAAAGCAUCCAUGUUUAUUUUUAGUUUGCUAUUUGAAGAUAUUCUCUUUCUCAAGUAACUUCAAUGCAUCAAUGUUAAUUUAUAGUUUUUUUGAAGAUA